AACCCCUUCUUAUCGCCACUUCUCGAAUGAAAUCUCAAAAUUGAUCCAGAAAUGCACAAAAACUUCCCCCACUUCUGACGUAAUGUGAAACCAUCAAAAGUACCUUCCCAAAGGUGUUCUGCGGUUUUGUGGUGGAACCAGGAACAUGUCUUCAAAGAAUGAUUGGCAGCAUCAAAACGGGGGUGAUUCUAAAAGACGUUUCCAUGAUGGUACAUUCGGGAGAAGUGUUGGCCGUUCUCGGUUCAAAAGGAAGCGGUAAAAAAGCCCUUUUAGAUGUGAUCUCGCGAAGAGUUCAGGGACCGACCAGAGGCCAAAUAUUGCUCAACAAUCAGCCGAUGAGUUUGUGCCUUUUUCAACAGCGAUGCGGAUAUGUCACCCACAAAUGCGAUCUAAUUCCCGGAUUGACGGUCGAACAAACACUUUUCUACACCCCUACAAAACUGACAGGAUAUUUAAAAAAAUCGAAAGUGAAACAGGUGAUGGCGGAUUUAGCCCUUUCACAAGUCGCAAACCGGUGUACCGAAAAUCUGACUCAAAGCGAAUAUAGAAGAUUAAUGAUUGGGAUCCAACUGAUCAAAGAUCCAGUGGUAUUAUUAUUGGAUGAACCGACUUGGGACUUGGACCCGUUAAACACUUACUUAGUGGUCUCGAUUCUGUCAAACGCUGCCAAAAAAUAUGGCACUGCCAUAAUUCUGACCAUGGAAAAACCAAGAUCUGACGUUUUCCCCUUCCUGGAACGAGUCCUUUAUUUGUGUUUAGGCGAUGUCGUCUACACAGGUGGUACCAGGCAAAUGUUGGAGUACUUUAAUGCCAUCGGAUUUCCUUGUCCACAACUGGAGAACCCUUUAAUGUAUUAUUUGUGUCUUUCGACUGUGGACAGAAGAUCUAGGGAACGUUUCAUAGAAAGCAACCAUCAGAUUUCUGCUUUGGUGGAAAAAUUCAAAAUCGAGGGAGGAGUUUACAGAAAGGGUUCAGUUAGUGGUGCCAACCACAGUCUGGAACAUGGUCAAAAGGUCCCCUUACUUUUGGGCAGACCAAGUUCGUUCCAAGUAGGAUGGACCAUAUACAUGAGACUUUUGACUGCGACGAUAAGUUUCAGAAAAGCUGGUUUGAAACAGUUGUUUUUGAGACUAUUUCUCUUGCCUUCGUUUUUCUUCUUCCUUUGGCUCUUCUACAGAGAAAUGAAGGACUUUCAACACACCUUUAUUACUAGAAGCGGUCUUAUUUUGAACUGCCUUGUCGGUGUUUACUUUUUGGGUAUACUCAAUUCUAUUCUGCUCUUUCCCACAUACAGGACGAGGUACUUUCAGGAAUCUCAGGAAGGAUUGUAUGGAGGAACACUCUUUUUGGUCACGCACAAUCUUAUCGAUAUACCUUUUUCGUUCUUUUCAGUGUUGGGAGCAAGUGCAAUUAUUUAUCCCCUGAUUGGAUCGUUUUCCGAACCUCUGGAUUAUUUGUAUUUCAUGCUGAUAUUAUGGGCUUGUUACAUUUUCGCCGAACAACAAACCAUGGCGAUUUUAAUGAUUGUCAAGAACUAUUUAACUGGUGCAAUCACCAGUAUUUAUAUCACAAGUGUUUGCAUCGUUUUGAGCAGUGGAAUUCUGAGAUCGAUUAAGGGUUUGCAGGAUUGGCUCUUCUACGCGAGCUACGCCACUCAAGCUCGUUACGCGUCUGCCUUUCUGAACCGACAAGUGUUUUUGAGUUCAGCCCUCCACGAGCCGUUGGCUUAUGACGCCACCCACAACUGCACCAACAUGAAUUUGAUUGAGACUUCGGUUUUGAACGGCGUCGCCAGUCCGUACUGUCGUUAUGCCAACGGUCAAGCUUAUCUAUCCGAAAGAUAUACCAGAGAACCGAGCGAUGUUAUUUUCAGUGCAAUUCUAGAUUUCGAUUUGAAUUUAGCAAUUACGUUCGCUUUUACUUUGGGAAUGAUUCUCUUCAAUUUGUUCUUGUAUUUGAUUCCCUUGCCUGCUUUUGUAAAAGCUAAGUUUAGGGAGUAAACUAUUUAGCUUUUACUAUAUUUAUUUGUAUUUUUUUAAAUAAAAGAUUAAUAAUU